ACUACAAUAUAUUUUCACAUCAACACAUUUACAUAUUUCUAUAAUAGCUUCACUAAUGAAGAUAUCUAUGAUUACCUCUGUGUUAUAUGUAUUUGAGGUUGGAAUAGUUGUUGUGAAUAAAUCUACAGCUUUAUUACAGGUUUAUUGAACAUUUUAAUGUUUUAUAUCAAAAUAUGGAUAAUAAAUAACAUUAAACAAAUAUUCUACAUUUACUGGCACUACCUGGCAAAGUGUAAUCUCAACACAGUGAUGUUUAUCCCAAUACUGUUUAACUAAUAAUAAAUCUACUAAUAGGAAGAAUUUGCUUGAGUUAAUUUUAAUUGCUACUUUCUACAAUGACAAGUGGCAAAAGUGAGAAUAUUUUCGAUAAUAUACAACGACUUCCCGUUAAUUUUGAAGAACAUAAAUUCAAUGACUGGAUUGUAAAAUAUACAAAGUCUCACAUUUUACAUUCACAGUGUAACACCAGUCACCAUUGUAAGGAAAAUCCUCAUGAUGUAUGCCAGUAUUGCUUAUACAAUAACACUCUUGAAUUGCCGCAUUUACCUGAAAUGGUUUUCCCUAAUAAUGUGUUAACUGUAAAACAUGACAGUGGUGUUCAGUUUGAAUUUAAUGCUUUAGAUGCCCUAAAACCAGUUAAGAACUCUAGUAUGGCCUUAAAAGUAGCUUAUGCAGAUGUCUGGAAGGAAUCUCGAGAUCCGAACUUCUUGGAGGAAAAGUUCAAGCCCUUUGAUUGGACAUUUUCAACUGAUUAUAAAGGGACAGUGUCUGGGGAUGUUGUUGUAACUCAAACAGAAGAGAGAAUUGACAUAGAGAAAUUGAAACAGAAAGAAAAGAUUUUGUUUUACCAUGAAUUAAUGCUAUUCGAAGAUGAACUGCAUGAUAAUGGAAUUGCUUCAUGUACUGUUAAAAUUAGAGUAAUGCCAAGUUCUUUCUUUAUUCUUCUUCGAUAUUUUUUACGAGUUGAUAACGUUAUGGUCCGCGUUAAUGAUACUCGAGUUUAUCAUGAAUUCAAUACAAAUCAUAUCCUGAGGGAAUACACUAGCAGAGAAUCAGGAUUUCGAGAUAUAAAAUUGCCACUGCCAAUGUUUGGAGAUCCAAAUUUAUUGUCUCCACACUUACCUUUGAGAAAUGCAAUAAAUGAAAAAUUUACUUUCAAAAUAAAAUCAGAACAAACCAAACAAGAAAUUGACAAUAAAGUUGAUGAUCCACACACUGAAGGUGCAACUUCAAAUAAAAUGGAAGAAAUGUAAAAGCAAAAUGUUUUUUUUUAUGGAGGAUAUAUUACAGUACAUUUUAACUUUCAAAAAAAAAAAA